GUAGACAUCAGUCGCUUCCCUGCUUCCUCAGAUUCCGGUUUUUCACUUUUAAUCCAUAGAAAACGUGAGAAUCCUCUUUCUGUUAUUUGUCCGGCGGAUCCCUCUCUUUCACCACCUCCCACCCCCUUCAAACUUUUAACACAAAACCGAAUUUCCUUUCCCUCUUGUCUCCUAACAUCUGAUAUCUAGGGUUCGAGGGCUUAGUUUCUGAUUUUCUGGGAAUUCUGGCUCUGGUAUUGUUCGGUUUCAGGAAAUUUCAGCCUGGAUUGGUGAAUGAAGUAAACUGGAAACGGGAGAAGUUUUUCUGUGGCUUCUCCAAUGGUUCGAAUGGUGUCUCAGUUAGAAAUCAGGGAUCUUUUUAUAUGAAGCCUUGUUAAGACGGAAGGAUGGAUAACGUGUUUAAUGCACAGAUAUUGGCUGAGAAGCUCUCUAAGCUGAACAAUUCUCAACAAAGCAUUGAAAGAGUGGAAAUUAUCCUAGGAGGUACAUUUGCCCUCCCAGAUCUUGCAAUAGCGGGAGCUUCGUGCGUUGGGUUGCUCUUUUUGAUGAUAUUGGGAAAGUGCUCCUCACAAAGUUUGUCACACAAAAAAGUUACCAUUAUGAAGGAAACCCUUCCUCACUUUUCUAUCAUCUUGCCCAGCACAACCAAACAAUGUAGAAGAUUUGAAGUUUUGAGCAAGUUCGGUUUCUCUCCAAUUCUUGGAUCAAAGAAAUUCUAUCUUCAUCAAGGAUUUCAGUUUUGGUCAAUGGAGGCCCAGUUGGUUUCUUUGGAAUUGGUCGUGGUCUUCGCCAAGGUAGACAUAUGGGAGGAAAGGAAAGUCUUUGGAUCUCGUGGUAAGAGUCUUAAAGAUGAAAUGCUUGGUAAAGAUCCUCCACCAUUAUUGGAGAACAAUGGAAGAAGUUCAAAUUCAAUCAAGAUAGUAAAGAAGGAUGCUCACUCAAUAAGACUAAAAUUGGCUGUUGGAGGUAUGCCUGCAAAAAUAGUUACUGCCUUUCAAGCUGUACAUGAUGAACAUUUCAAUGAAGACACCGCUCUAAACAAAUGUAAAGCUGCAGUUCGCUGUGUGGAAAAGAUGGAGAAAGAUGUUGACAAUGGCUGCAUCCAAGGAAAUCAACAGGGUCCAACGUUCGCAAAUGAACUACAAGAGCAGGAAAAUGCCCUGCGGCAAUGCAUUGAUCAACUUGAAAGUGUUGAAGCAACCAGAGUAGCUUUGGUUGCUCAGCUGAAAGAAGCUCUUCAAGACCAGGAAUCAAAGCUAGAGCUUAUUCGCACUCAAUUGCAAGUAAGAAUCAUGAUCUUUUUCUAUUUCUUCAUUGAAUGAGAUAAUAUCAUUCAAGGACUUGAAUUUCAAUCAUUCUUCUGGCUGAUGUGCAUGUUUAACUUGUAUUUUAUUAAAGA